AUGUCAUUCCUGAUAGAUACGGGAGCACAGCUUAGUGUUGUUCCACCAUCACCCAACUUCACUAAGACUAACUCUUCAGUCACUUUACGCGCCGCUAAUGGCACGAACAUCAAGACUUUUGGUGAGCAAUCGUUAACACUGGAUAUUGGACUUAGAAGGACAUACCAGUGGAUAUUCACCGUUGCAGACGUGAAAUUCCCCAUAUUAGGCACCGAUAUUCUGGCACAUUAUCAACUCAUCGUGGACCUCUCACAGCGUCAGUUAUCUGACUCCACCACGAAGCUAUCUAACCGCAGAAUUGUAUCACAGCUAACAUCUACAGAAUUACGCAUCGCUGUGCUGCGUGAUAAUCCGAUUCAAGAUAUUUUGGAUAAAUUUCCCUCGUUGAUACAGCCUUUUACUUAUACAGAGCCUGUCAAGCACAGCAUUGUACACAGGUUUCGAACUACCGAACAGCCUGUCUAUUCUAAACCUCGCCGUCUUGCGCCGGACAAAUACAAGAUUGCCCGGGCCGAGUUCCAAAACAUGCUCGACCUCGGGAUUAUUCGCCCCUCCUCAAGUCCAUAUGCCUCACCGCUUCACAUGGUCACGAAGGCUCAGCAGGGCGCCUGGAGGCUGUGUGGCGACUAUAAACGACUUAAUUCACAAACGGUACCCGAUAAGUACCCAGUUCCCAAUUUGACCUACUUUGCUGUUACCUUACAGGGAGCAACUGUCUUCACCAAACUGGGUCUGCGCAAAGCCUUUCAUCAGAUUCCAGAACCUUCAUCCAGUUUUAUCACCUAUUUUCGGAAGAAAAUGUCUUCCCUUUCUUUUACUCCAACCCGUUACACUUCACGUGACGUUUAUGUACCUCCUUCCUUACUGGAAUGCGAGUACGUUUUUGUACGACAGGAUUCUGUUAGAAAGCCACUGACACCACAUUAUGCGGGUCCAUUUCAUGUCCUUGCCCGGACCGAUAAAUAUUAUACUUUACACUACAGACUAACCACGGCCGAUCGACUUUCUCUAUCGAUCGCCUAA